GGGCUCUGUGACGGAGUGGGCACUUCCGCCCCGCAGGAUGGAGGAGAAGUUGGCGGAGUGGCGGGCCCGGCAGCAGCCGGCGGAGAAGGGGGAAGAGGAGGAGGAGGAGGCGGCGCCGCCGGGCGAGUUCGAGCACCGGGGAGGCAUCGGCGGCCUCUGGCACCGACUGCGGCCCCUAAGGGCUGAGGCGGAGUGGCGCCCAGAGCCGCCGCGGAGCAGCGAAAAGGAAGAAGAUGAUCAGAAUUCAUUGACAGAGAGCUCCGAGGAGCAGCCAAUUAAAACUGAUCACUUUGGCGCAACUGCGACUGUUCUGAAGGUCCUGCUUUGGCUGGUAUUACUUGGCCUCUUCAUUGAGCUGGAGUUUGGCCUGGUAUAUUUUGUCGUCUCAAUGUUUUAUUGGAUUUACAUUGGAACACGAGCCCCAUCCGAAAAGAAACAAGGAGAAAUGAGCGCAUACUCUGUGUUCAACCCUGGUUGCAAGGCUAUUCGGGGAAGUCUGACAGCAGAACAGUUUGAACGAGAACUUCAGUACAGACCUAUGGCCGGCAGAUGAUUGGUCCUGUGGGGAACUAUUUAUUGUAUUGUAAGCAGCUCAAUUGCCAAUGGAAUCUCAAACACAAUAAAGAUCAACAGUGAACAGAAGGAAUCACCUGAGCUGUAAUUUACCCACAUGUAACAGCUGUUUACAUACAGUGAGAGAUAAAUUAA